AUGGCUUUUUCUCCUCGGUUGUUGUUGCUUCUGACUGCCGUCAGCGGACUUCUGGCAGGAAGUAUCAUCUGCAAAAUUCUCGGCGGGAACCUGGUGUCCAUUCACAGCAGUCUGGAGAACGAAGUUGUUCGACAAUUGAUUUUUGACGCGACUGGCAGAAACACUCGCACCUGGAUCGGAUUCACUGACGCAAUAGAGGAGGAUUCCUUUCUUUGGACCGACGGCUCAGAUGUGGAUUUCACCGACUGGGCAAACGGUCGCCCGAACAACAAUGGAGAACAGGACUGUGCAAUAAUCAACUUCAGAGGAGAUGAUGACUGGAACGAUAUCCAAUGCACGCUGUUAAGACCUUUUGUCUGUGCCAUGGAUCUGAAACUUCACCAUUAAGAUCCCUCCAUGAUAUCUUCUAGUGUUUCCACUGUCUGGGUUAGACCGCUAAAACAACUUCUUUACGCUAAUUGCUCUGUGCUUACAUUAUUCCAAGAACGUCUCAUUGAUUAGUUCACAAAGAUUGGUCCAAGAUCCCCUUUAGCUGAUCACACAGAUUCUACUUAUUUACUAGACAUGUCAAUGUUAGUGGUGAGUUGGAUAGUUUUAGGCAAUUAGUUCCAUUCUUUCAUGCCUUCUUUCGUUCUAUUCACUUCUGCACAAGCUCUAUUCCCUGGGUAUUCAAGAUGUAGAAGAAAAAAACAGUCACCUCGACUUUGGCUGGAAACGACAUACUGUACCAUCUUAGAAUGUGAACAUAGCGUUUUAAUAA